AUGGAUCACCUACCACUGGAGAUCAGGCAUAUUAUCGCCGAUUGGACAGGCCACAUAUCUAAGGAAAGCCUUCGAGCCUUGUGCCUAGUCAACCGAAAAUGGCAUGAAAUUGCCAAAGCAUUGUUGAGCAAGCAUAUUAUCAUCCGCUUGAGGGAAGGGAGAACCCCUGACGUACCGGAUGACCGACGUAUUCUCACACAAGCGAGACAACUGAGCAUUGUGGCAGAAUGGACCCCGGGUUCCCACAGUAAGAGAUUUGUCCCCAAGCAAAUCGACGCUGAGACCAGUAAAGGGCUUGACCAGUACUACUCCGACAUCUGCCGUUCUCUGGAAGGAGCCUUUUUGGAGGAUCAAAACUUCCCCAAAGCUGGCUUCUACGUUGGGGGAGAUUGGAGUCCGGUCAUUGAUCUGAUUCGACGAAUACCUCAUUUACACGAUGUGAACAUAUUUGUUUUCUAUGGUGGGCCGGUCGAGCUCUUUGAGGCUCUUUCGCAAUAUCACCCUGCCUGUCGAGUGUCUUUCUUCAGCACCGUGAUGCGUCAACACCCACUUAGGGAGGCUGGCAUGUUUCCCAUUAUAAAUCCAGUGUGGCUUUCUUCGCCAAUGCUCUAUGCUGCUCAUUUGACAGCUUUGGAAGAUAGUGAUCGGGGCCCACUUUUCAGACAUCCGGAUAGGCUGCUACAGAAUAUUGCGUUACAUGCGCCUAAUCUUAAAAAGAUCGCAUUACGGAUUGAUGGUCGAUGCUACGGUCAGACCAUAAGAGGGCAGCUCGACAGAAUCAAAGUGGACAAUGGCGCCAAAAGCGAUGGACUACGUGGACUCGCCAAAAUUGAAACCAUGUCAUGGCCUCUUGGCAUGUCCGAAAUGACAGCCUUGCAGUUCCAGGAUUGGCAAACAAUUACCGAUUUUAGUGUGUUGAGAUCUUUGAAUCUUGGCUGCAUUACAGAUUGGACAAUACUCCAGUCGAUCGCGGAUGAUCACCCAUUUCGCCAGCUGAAGCGACUCACCAUUGCCCUAUUUCCACAAAAAGAUGAUCGUCCAAGAUUUUGGCAAGCGUCGGAGUCGAUGUUCACUUCACUACCUCCGUUGACAUAUCUUUGUCUUAUGGGAAUGUACACUCCUGAGUUUGCCAACAACGUGAUUGGACAUAAGCACGGGAAAAGUCUGCUCGAACUGGGAUUACAUGGGGAAAUAGGACCCAAAUCAAGUUCCGGGGGCAUUUCUUUAUCGGAAUUGAAACUGUGCCGCAGGGGGCGGGCUGGGCCUAUAUUUUCGGCUGAGCAUGUUCGAGAGUUGGCAAAUCAUUGUCCAUCUAUCCAGAAUCUACAAAUCUGUAUACAGCGAUAUCCAGAUGCCCAGACGGAUAUGUCGAGUGCUUUGGGCCGGUUUGCAUGCCUGAAAAAACUCUACCUCGUGUUGAAUUGCCUACCAGAAAUAGAUGCAAACAUGAUGCCAGUCCCGCUGCGAGAGCUGACCGACUUUGAAAAGGGUCUCGCAUCGGAUGUUCUCCGUUGGGGGAGUGAUACCUGCCCUAGGUGGUUCAUCCGGGACUACAUGAUCAACUGCGAUAUUAGCGAGAUCUUCGUCACGGAAUUCUUCACACAAAUACGCACAGCCCAAAAGAAUCUUGUUCAGCUUGUCAUGACUCCUAUAGUCGGUGAAUGGGCUAAGUAUUCUAAAUCGGACCAGUACUCUUGGGUCCCCUUUGCGGUAAUGAAAUUUCUCAUUUACUGUCCUUCCAACAAUUUCGCUUCUGUCUGGGUGGUCAAAGAAGACCAUGAUACAGAAUUGCAUGCGAUACGCAAGAAACCAUUUUACCCUCCCUCCCUUGAUGGGAAAUACUCAGACGAUAUAUUAUCAAUUUUCUGUUCCACUGGCAUAUGGAAUCCAGAGCCAGAGGUCAAGACUUAA